AUGGAAAGGGAGAACGUGUUAAGUAGUAUGGUUUUGGAGGAUGGGCAUAAUAAUCUUGAUUUAUUUCACCUAUGGGUGUCAGAGGAUGUGGUUAGGCUUAUUAUAGGUAUUCCUCCACCUCAGUCGGAAGUCGGUCUUUAUGGGAUCACUUGGGCAAGAUCCUCUAAUGGUUCUUUUUCAAUCAAAAGUGCAUUUUGGAAAAUUCGGGAAGAGACUUGGAAUCCCAAGAAUGACAUAUGGAAAUUACUUUUGAAGUUUCAAGGCCUUCAACGAUUUAGAUAUUUUAUUUGGCUCGUUCUUAAAGAACAUCUUCUAACUAAUUCUGAACGUGCGAAAAGAGGACUUGGGUUAAAUGGUUAUUGUGGUUUAUGCGACAAUGAAUGUGAAGACAUUUUACAUGCCAUUGUGACUGUCCUGCUAUUAAGGAUACUUGGAAAGAGAUUAUUCCAGUGA